UUCCGUUAAUAAUGGUAUUAUCUUUAUAAAAUAAAAUAAAAUAAUGUAAAAUCAAAUGAAAUAUAUUAGGUGAAGGUAAUCUCAGUUGGUAGCCAAUGCUACUAGUAAAAUUCUGUCAUUACAUUUUAUAAUAUAAAAAUUAGUAAAGUUUUUAUUUAUUUCUCUUUGCAAUUGGAUUUUGUUUAAUUAUAGUUUAUGACCGUUCAUGCAAAAUGGACCAAGAUGUUAUAAGAUUGAUAUGCUUUAUAAUUUUUACUACAUUUUUAAACAAUUUAGGAUUAUGUUUACAGCAUUCUAAAUACACCAAAUAUGAUAUAAAAAAUGAGAAAGAUUGUCAUAUUAAUUCAAAUAAACAUAACAAAGAUUUAGCGGUCGUAAUUAAUAUUACAGUUGAUCAUCAAUCAAAUGCUGAUACAUAUUGUAGAUUUAUUAUUAAAACUAACAAAGAUGAUGGUUUGUUUGGUGUGAUACAAAAAAUGACAUUCAGGCGUAAUAAGACACAGUGUUUAGAUUAUGUACAGUUUAAAAGGAGCGACUUCCAAAGGACACAAAAAUUUUGUGGAAAUUAUGAUCGCAGCACAACUAAAUAUUAUCCAGUCCCUGAACCAGAAAAUAAUACUUAUGAAUCUGCAUCAAUUUUUUCUGGAAGCACUUAUGCAGAAUUUGACACUAAAGGCAUGUUAGAAACUAUAGUAUUCAUUUCCAAAGAGAAACACUUACUUACGGAAGAAAUUAUUUCUCUCACUCUUGUUUAUACGCCAUAUAAAAGAUGCAAGGAAAAUUUAAAUACUAACUAUACAAAAAUAAAGUUCGAAUCAUGUAUUUUGCAUAAUUACUUUUGCGACGGAUAUCAAAAUUGUGUACCAAAUAUUUGUGAAGACGAAGUCAAUUGUACAACUAGUAUUGACGUCUUCACCCACAGCACUGGAACAAAAAUAACAAUGGGUGCUGUGACAACACUAGUUGUGUGUACAAUUAUUUUUGGUGUGUGCGUAUGGGCAUGUAAAAAAAAAGAUAUGAUCUUUUGGUCUUUGGAUUGUGCUGGUCCAAGUACACGCUCAUCGGAUAGAUUAGCUCGAUCAGGUGUACAAGAGUCUGAAAGUACUAGUAACCGUCAAGUUCCAACAGCUCCAAUGUUAGAAGUUGUAGUACCACCUCCUGUCAUAGAUAAAGAUCUUCCACCUAGUUAUGAUUCCUUAUUUCCAGAAGAGAAUAAUUCUACUGUGCAGCAAGUGUAAGUUAUUGAUGAUAACCCUUUUUUAUAUCAAAUUUUUACAGUAUAUUACCUAAUGUUUUAAUUAGGUGAUUUUUUUUUAACUAUGUAUAUUUACAAGUAUAUAGGGAAAUAAAAUCAAGAAUAAGUCUUGUAGAAUCCAAGGUUAAAUCUUAGAAUAAAAAUUAGUUGUAAAUAAUGGAGUACAAAUCUCUACCUAAUUCGGUUCAUUUUUUUUCUAUAUGGAUAUCUAAGUUCAUAACUUUAUAAUGCAUUUUUUUUACAAUAAUCGACUUUUACAACAUAUUUCUAAUAUGGUGUAUACACAUAAUUAUAUUCAUAACUUUUAUAUUUUAUUAAGCAACAAGUAUGCUUCUUAUUUGAGUACGUUAUAGAAUUCAUAAGAUAUAA